GCCGCCGACGCCCGCGCUUCUUCGGUCUCCCGGCUUCCGCCACAGCGUCCCGGGCUCGGCCGCCAUGUCCGCCAGCGAGGAGGUUGACGGGCUGGGCGUGGCUCGGCCGCACUAUGGCUCUGUCCUGGAUAAUGAGAGACUUACUGCAGAGGAGAUGGAUGAAAGGAGGCGUCAGAAUGUGGCUUAUGAGUACCUCUGUCAUUUGGAAGAAGCAAAGAGGUGGAUGGAAGCAUGCCUCGGGGAAGAUCUGCCUCCAACCACGGAGCUGGAGGAGGGGCUAAGGAACGGCGUCUACCUGGCCAAACUCGGCAACUUCUUCUCACCCAAAGUGGUAUCCCUGAAGAAAAUCUAUGAUCGAGAGCAGACCAGAUACAAGGCAACCGGCCUGCACUUCAGGCACACUGACAAUGUGAUCCAGUGGUUGAAUGCCAUGGAGGAUAUUGGAUUGCCUAAGAUUUUUUACCCGGAAACUACAGAUAUCUAUGAUAGGAAGAACAUGCCUAGAUGCAUCUACUGUAUUCAUGCACUCAGUUUGUACCUGUUCAAACUGGGCCUGGCUCCUCAGAUUCAAGACUUGUACGGAAAGGUUGACUUUACAGAAGAAGAAAUCAAUAACAUGAAGAUUGAGUUGGAGAAGUAUGGGAUCCAGAUGCCUGCCUUCAGCAAGAUUGGGGGCAUCCUUGCUAAUGAACUCUCAGUGGAUGAAGCUGCAUUGCAUGCUGCCGUUAUCGCGAUUAACGAAGCUGUGGACCGGAGAAUCCCUGCAGACACAUUUACAGCUCUGAGGAACCCCAAUGCCAUGCUUGUGAAUCUUGAGGAGGUUUUGGCUUCCACUUACCAGGAUGUACUUUACCAGGCCAAGCAGGACAAAAUGACAAAUGCUAAAAACAGGACAGAAAACUCGGAUCGGGAAAGAGAUGUUUACGAGGAGCUGCUCACUCAGGCGGAGAUCCAGGGCAACAUAAACAAAGUCAACACUGUCUCUGCAGUUGCAAACGUGGACCAGGCUUUAGAUCAGGAAGUUGCGCCAGCCUUGCUGAGGGCUCUGCAGUCCCCGGCCCUGGGCCUGCGGGGGCUGCAGCAGCAGAAUGGGGACUGGUACCUGAAACAGCUUCUCAGCGACCGGAAGCAGAAGCAACAGGGAGGCCAGGCUGAUCCCCUGCAGAAGGAGGAGCUGCAGACUGGAGUGGAGGCUGCAAACCUCAGUGCCCAGCAGUAUCAGAGAAGACUGGCUGCAGUGGCAGCAAUCAAUGCUGCCAUCCAGAAGGGGGCUGCUGAAAAGACUGUUCUGGAGCUUAUGAACCCUGAAGCCCAGCUGCCACAGGUGUACCCAUUCGCUGCUGAGCUCUACCAGAAGGAGCUGGCCACACUGCAACAGCAGAGCCCUGAACAUAGUCUCACCCAUCCUGAGCUCUCCGUGGCAGUGGAGAUGCUGUCCUCGGUGGCCCUCAUCAACAGGGCACUGGAGUCUGGAGACAUGAACACAGUGUGGAAACAGCUGAGCAAUUCGGUGACAGGCCUCACCAACAUUGAAGAGGAGAAUAGUCAGAGGUAUCUUGAUGAGCUGAUGAAACUGAAAGCGCAGGCACAUGCUGAAAAUAAUGAAUUUAUUACAUGGAACGACAUCCAGGCCUGUGUGGACCAUGUGAACCUGGUGGUGCAGGAGGAACAUGAAAGGAUUUUAGCCAUUGGCCUGAUCAAUGAAGCACUGGAUGAAGGAGACGCCCAGAAGACUCUGCAGGCACUGCAGAUUCCUGCAGCCAAGCUCGAGGGAGUCCUCGAGGAAGUGGCCCAGCAUUACCAAGACACACUGAUCAGAGCCAAGCGGGAGAAAGCCCAGGAGACCCAGGAUGAGUCAGCCGUGCUAUGGCUGGAUGAGAUCCAAGGUGGAAUCCAUCAGUCCAACAGAGACACCCAGGAAGCCCAAAAAUUUGCCUUAGGAAUCUACACCAUCAAUGCAGCAGUGGACAGCGGAGACGUUGGCAGAACUCUGAGUGCUCUUCGCUCCCCUGAUGUGGGUUUAUAUGGCGUUAUACCUGAGUGUGGCGAAACUUACCAGAGUGACCUGGCUGAAGCCAAGAAGAAAAAACUGGCCGUGGGAGACAAUAGCAGCAAGUGGGUGAAGCAUUGGGUGAAAGGUGGAUAUUAUUAUUACCACAAUCUGGAGAGUCAGGCAGGAGGCUGGGACGAGCCCCAGGGCUUUGUGCAGAAUUCCAUGCAGCUCUCUCGGGAGGAAAUCCAGAGUUCCAUCUCUGGGGUGACGGCUGCAUAUAACCGGGAACAGCUUUGGCUGGCCAAUGAGGGCUUGAUCACCAAGCUGCAGGCUUGCUGCCGGGGGUACCUCGUUCGACAGGAAUUCCGGUCCCGGAUGAAUUUCCUAAAGAAACAAGUCCCUGCCAUCACCUGCAUCCAGUCACAGUGGCGAGGCUACAGGCAGAAGAAGGCAUAUCAGGACCGGCUGGCUUACCUGCGUGCCCACAGAGAUGAAGUGAUUAAGCUGCAGUCCCUAGCAAGGAUGCAUCAAGCUCGAAAGCGAUAUCGAGACCGCCUGCAGUACUUCCAAGACCACAUAAAUGACAUCAUCAAAAUCCAGGCCUUCAUUCGUGCAAACAAAGCCCGUGAUGACUACAAGACCCUCAUCAAUGCCGAGGACCCGCCUAUGAUUGUCGUCCGAAAGUUUGUCCACCUGCUCGACCAGAGUGACCAGGAUUUUCAGGAGGAGCUGGAUCUCAUGAAAAUGCGGGAAGAGGUUGUCACCCUCAUCCGCUCUAACCAGCAGCUGGAGAAUGACCUCAACCUCAUGGACAUCAAGAUCGGACUGCUGGUGAAGAACAAGAUCACAUUGCAGGAUGUGGUUUCUCACAGUAAGAAACUCACCAAGAAAAAUAAGGAGCAGCUGUCUGAUAUGAUGAUGCUGAGUAAGCAGAAGGGCGGGCUCAAGGCUCUGAGCAAGGAGAAGAGAGAGAAGCUGGAAGCUUAUCAGCACCUGUUUUAUUUACUGCAGACCAACCCCACGUACCUGGCCAAGCUGAUUUUUCAGAUGCCCCAGAACAAGUCUACUAAGUUUAUGGAUUCUGUAAUCUUCACCCUCUACAACUAUGCAUCCAACCAGAGAGAGGAGUACCUGUUGCUGCGGCUCUUUCAAACUGCGCUGCAGGAGGAAAUCAAGUCAAAAGUAGAUCAGAUUCAAGAGAUUGUGACAGGAAAUCCUACAGUUAUUAAGAUGGUUGUGAGUUUCAACCGUGGUGCCCGGGGCCAGAAUGCCUUGAGACAGAUCUUGGCCCCUGUCGUGAAGGAGAUUAUGGAUGACAAAUCUCUUAACAUUAAAACCGACCCUGUGGACAUUUACAAAUCGUGGGUUAACCAGAUGGAGUCACAGACAGGAGAGGCAAGCAAACUGCCCUACGACGUGACCCCUGAGCAGGCAUUGACGCAUGAAGAAGUAAAGACCCGGCUCGACAGCUCCAUCAGGAACAUGCGGGCCGUGACCGACAAGUUCCUCUCAGCCAUUGUCAGCUCUGUGGACAAGAUUCCUUACGGGAUGCGCUUCAUCGCCAAAGUGCUGAAGGACUCAUUGCAUGAGAAGUUCCCCGACGCUGGUGAGGAUGAGCUGCUGAAGAUUAUUGGUAACUUGCUUUACUAUCGGUACAUGAAUCCAGCCAUUGUGGCUCCUGAUGCAUUCGACAUCAUCGACCUGUCAGCAGGAGGCCAACUCACCACCGACCAACGCCGGAACCUUGGCUCCAUUGCCAAAAUGCUGCAGCACGCAGCUUCCAAUAAGAUGUUUCUGGGAGAUAACGCUCACUUAAGCAUCAUUAACGAAUAUCUUUCCCAGUCCUACCAGAAAUUCAGGCGGUUUUUCCAGUCUGCUUGUGAUGUCCCUGAGCUUCAGGAUAAAUUUAAUGUGGAUGAAUACUCGGAUCUGGUGACUCUCACCAAGCCAGUCAUCUACAUCUCAAUCGGGGAGAUCAUUAACACCCACACGCUCCUGUUGGAUCACCAGGACGCCAUUGCGCCAGAACACAAUGACCCAAUCCACGAGCUACUGGAUGACCUGGGCGAGGUGCCCACCAUUGAAUCCCUGAUCGGAGAAAGUGCUGGCAAUGUAAAUGACCCAAAUAAGGAGGUGCUGGCUAAGACAGAAGUGUCUCUCACAUUGACCAACAAGUUUGAUGUGCCUGGGGAUGAGAACGCAGAAAUGGAUGCUCGGACCAUCUUACUGAACACAAAACGGUUAAUCGUGGAUGUCAUCCGCUUCCAGCCAGGAGAGACCCUAACAGAAAUCCUGGAAACAGCAGCCACCAGUGAGCAGGAAGCGGAACAUCAGAGGGCAAUGCAGAGACGUGCUAUUCGUGAUGCCAAGACCCCUGAUAAGAUGAAGAAGUCCAAGUCUGUGAAAGAGGACAGCAACCUCACGCUUCAGGAGAAGAAGGAGAAGAUCCAGUCAGGCCUGAAGAAGCUCUCAGAGCUUGGGACCGUCAACCCAAAGAACAGAUACCAGGAGCUGAUCAACGACAUUGCCAGGGACAUUCGGAAUCAGCGGAGAUACCGACAGAGGAGAAAGGCGGAGCUAGUGAAAUUGCAGCAGACUUACUCUGCCCUUAACUCAAAGGCCACCUUUUAUGGCGAGCAGGUGGAUUACUACAAGAGCUACAUCAAAACCUGCUUGGACAACUUAGCCAGCAAGGGCAAGGUCUCUAAAAAGCCGAGGGAAAUGAAAGGGAAGAAAAGCAAGAAGAUCUCUCUGAAAUACACAGCAGCAAGACUGCAUGAGAAGGGGGUUCUUCUGGAAAUCGAGGACCUGCAAGCUAACCAGUUUAAAAAUGUUAUCUUUGAAAUCAAUCCAACUGAAGAGGUUGGAGACUUUGAAGUGAAAGCCAAGUUCAUGGGCGUUCAGAUGGAGACUUUCAUGUUACAUUAUCAGGACCUGCUACAGCUGCAAUAUGAAGGGGUUGCAGUCAUGAAAUUAUUUGAUAGAGCUAAAGUAAAUGUCAACCUUCUGAUCUUCCUUCUCAACAAAAAGUUCUACGGGAAGUAAUUGAUCAUCUGCUGCCAGCCAGAAGGAUGAAGGCAAGAAGCCUCAGGCUGCCCUUCAGGGCCCUUUCCAGCUCUGUGAAGCAAGGCCCAGCCCACAGCCUUGCCUCCUGUGAUCACUCCUGGCACCAAGUUUUCAACUCUGACUGCUCUGGCAGGACCUUCAUUCCCUUUCUUCAUUGUAGUUCAGGCUUUCUGGCCCAUCUUGUUCCCUCAUUUCCUUCUGUCCUAGGAAAGAUGGAAACACUGAGGAAAUCUGUGUUGUUUUUGGUAGUAGAGGUUGCAUUGCCCUAGUGUAUGCUUUGGUGUUUGUUUUAAUCGGCAAUAGUGAUGAUGGGAUUUGACUUCUCUUUAUUAGUAGUGGAAGCUUUUUAGUACCAGUGACAUACUAGAUAUAAGACACACAGUGUCAGGUUAUCUGUAGUUAAGUUGUUGCUGAAAAGUGAAUUCCUUUGUAUUUCUUUCCCAUCAGUAAAAUCAAAAGAGAUGAGGCAUUGUUCUCAUUUUGUUUUCCUUGGGAGCAAGGAGCUGUGGUUCCAUUGAUUGAAUUCAGCCCUUGCUUUGAGGUAUCUCUUCUCGUGUUAGUGCCCAGAUAGUGCCCAGAUGUUUCCAUGUAGGAAAACAUCUACUUUGUGUCCUGGCAGAAUGACUUAGCCCUAGUGUCCUGUGUCAUUGUUUCCUAAGCUGUUUUGUGUCUUAAGUGCCUUGCUGAAGUGUAGAAUUGUUUCUUAAAAUGUGGGUGAUAGGAAUUUUUGAAGAUUUAUGUAAUGCUUUGAAGGACUUUAGAAUACUGUAAGAAAAGAGAUUUUUAAAAAAAAAAAUGCUUAUCUGUAUAUCUGAACUCUUAAUACUUUCUUGUAGCUGAAACACUAGGAAUUAUCUAUGGGGCUUCAGGGAAAUAAUCCGCCUUAAAUAGAAUGAAACAAAACCAAAGUCAUACUUUUUUUUUUUUAAAGCUUCUCUAAGAAAAUAUACUGAAAUCAUGCUACUGAGCCUCUGUUUUCCCUGCUGUUUGGGUUCAGUGUUCUUUUUCAUCAUGAAACAUAAAACUUAAGAAAAUUAACUUCUAAAAAUUGAUCAGUGUAUAUUUAAAGCCAAUGAAUUGUUUUAUAAGUAACAGAUUAUAGACCAUGCUCUCUGACAGUGAAAGCAUUGGAACAGACUGUUGAGCGGUCAGGGCCAUGGGUGUGUGUGGGGGGUGGUCUGAGUCUUUCCCAGAUGCCCUCCUGGCAGAUGCAAACCACCUCCACGUGCCUGAUGUCUUUUGCUGUGUUUUGGAAGACCAUUAUAAAGGAACUAUUUCCUCCGAUUAAAGGCAGAUGCUCAGGUGUUCUCUCUCUCUCGGAGAUUUACCCACAUCAUGGACCUGAGACGUGUACUUUUAGCUCUGGGUCUCAAUUUCUUAUGUGCUCUCAUUGAGAUUCUCAAAAUGUUUCAAUCUGAGACAUGUACUGUCAACUCAUUCUCUAAAAUACUUUUUUCUCUCAGUAUCUCUAAAAUAGUUUUAUUUCUCUAAAAACUAUUUUACUUCAUAAAAUGCAAUAAAAAUAAAAGUAGGUGCUGUUAUUUAUUCAAUACCAUUGCCCCUCAAACUAGGGCUAGCCAGAGUGCCAGGGCACAUCCCUUUUUCCUAAAAGAUAUUGAGCCCAAAUGCUCAUCAGAGAGAGAGAGGGUUCGAACUCCUAAUAAAGACAGUGUUUCAGUCAUUUCUAAGAAUUAUCAUUCCCUUGAUAGAAUUUUAAAUGCAAAAGGACAGAGAAUGCCCUUGAAAAAAUGAGGUGGUUAAUAAAUCAAAUUACAGUUCUGUAGCAUCAAGAAUGCCCCAGUGAUCUCUAUUUGUGAGACUGAAGCCAUGUAGCUCUUCCUACUUUUAUUUAUCGCUUUUAUCUCUGUCUCAUCUCUCUCCUUUGACCUUCUCCACCAGCCCUUUGACAUUUACCGUGAGUUUACUUCCUCCCAAGAAUUUGGACUGCCCGUCAGAUUUUUGCUGCACACAAUUGCCUUUGUAUCUCUGUAUGAAAUAAAAGGUCAUUUGUUCA